UCACCCCUCUUCCUCGUCCCCAUCGAGCUCCGCCUCCUGAUAUACGAGCAUGUCUUUACCUCAGCGCCGCCGUCCGCCGAAUUCGCGCCCCUGCCCAGGUCCUCCUUCGCCCUCGAGCCGCUUCUUACCUGCCGGGACAUCUACAAGGAAGCGAGGCUGAUAGCGUUUGCCUGCGCUGUUCACAACCUCAAUUGGCUUCGGGCGUCGAGCUGCUUGCGCGGUCUGCGCAUGCUUGAGCCCGCUCAGCAUGCCCACAUCCGCCAUGUCGCCCUCACCGUGUCGACCGCCAGCCUGUACGACAGACUUCUUCCGUUCCGCAAGCACUUCGAUCACAGCCGACCGCCGCACCUCUCCCUCGAGUCCAUUACCAUCAUACUAGAUCUACCCGAUACUGCAACACCAGAGGCGCAGGAGAGGAGGGUUCAAGAACAGGAUAUGGUCCUCGUUUCGAUUUGGUAUUUUAAGAACGUUAGAAGGGUCAUCCUCCUGAAUAUGCUACACAGGGAGACAAUGACGCACCCCCUUGGUGCCCAUGGAGAGUGGACGUGUAUGGAUGAUGAAGGCCCACUCCCG